CGCAGUCUCCACCAUCAGCCCGACCAACUUCAGUGUGAGCUGCUGGGGCAGAGCAGACGCCUGUGCGUAUGGAAGCGAGCCACCCAGUCGGUUUAUACCAGUGUCCGUGGUUCGCGAAAUGAAUGACAUUUUGGGAUGCAUGUAUUUGUCUUUCUGCAGCAGAGAGACUGAAAAUGACCGUUAGUCCAGCGAUAUGAAUGAGAAACGACUAUGUUACAUUGACAGCCUGGUUUGCUAUGGUGAUACAAAGCUAACUCCAAGCUAGCAAAGGGAUUGUUUUGGGAUAUAUUUUUUUUGAUAUUAUCCGCUGACACAUGAAGUAGACGAAUUUCAUGAUUUUUUUUAUCAAGCUGGAAAACAACGGGGAAUGUCUAACCAAGGAGUUAGGAGAAAUGGCCCAGUAAAGCUGCGGUUGACAGUCCUGUGUGCAAAGAACCUGGCAAAGAAAGACUUCUUCCGGUUGCCAGAUCCCUUCGCCAAAGUGGUAGUGGACGGUUCAGGACAAUGCCACUCCACAGAUACUGUGAGAAAUACGCUGGACCCAAAGUGGAAUCAACAUUAUGACCUAUACAUUGGAAAAGCAGACUCGAUCACUAUCAGUGUAUGGAAUCACAAGAAGAUCCACAAAAAGCAGGGUGCAGGUUUUCUGGGCUGUGUCCGCCUCCUGUCCAAUGCCAUCAACAGACUGAAAGAUACUGGUUAUCAGAGGCUGGACCUGAAUAAACUAGGACCCAAUGACAAUGAUACUGUGAGGGGACAGAUAGUAGUAAGUCUCCAGUCCAGAGACCGCAUUGGGACAGGAGGGCCCGUGGUGGACUGCAGUCGCCUGUUCGACAAUGAUUUACCUGAUGGCUGGGAGGAGAGAAGGACAGCUUCUGGAAGGAUACAGUAUCUGAACCAUAUUACACGUACCACACAAUGGGAGAGACCUACCAGACCAGCAUCAGAGUACUCCAGCCCAUCAGGGAGACCGUUGAGCUGUGUGGUGGAUGAGAACACACCAGUGAUGACACCUGUUAAUGGGGCAGAGGCCAGCGGCCCACCAGGGGAACAGCGCAUCCAGGAGAGACGGGUUCGGUCUCAGAGGCAUCGAAAUUACAUGAGUCGAACACACCUGCAUUCACCACCGGACCUGCCUGAGGGAUAUGAGCAAAGAACAACUCAACAGGGGCAAGUCUACUUCCUCCACACACAGACCGGAGUCAGCACUUGGCAUGACCCACGGGUUCCCAGGGACUUAAGCAAUGUGAAUUGCGAGGAGCUUGGACCACUGCCACCAGGCUGGGAGAUCAGAAACACAGCCACUGGCCGUGUCUACUUUGUCGACCAUAACAAUCGAACAACACAGUUCACAGACCCACGUUUGUCUGCAAAUCUCCAUCUAGUGCUCAACAGCCCAAGUCCAAAUGGCUCCCGUGUGGCUUUGGACAGCCAAAACACUAACCUCAGUCAUCCCGCUCAGUUGAAAGACCAGCCUGUUCCUGCAGGACCUCCACAAGCUCUGUCGCCAGCUCAGUUACCUGAAGAGGCGGAGUGCCUGACCGUCCCCAAAUACAAGAGAGACCUGGUGCAGAAGCUGAAGAUCCUGCGGCAGGAGCUUUCCCAGCAACAACCCCAGGCUGGCCACUGCCGCAUCGAGGUCUGCCGGGAGGAGAUCUUUGAGGAGUCAUACCGACAAGUGAUGAAGAUGCGUCCAAAGGACCUCUGGAAAAGACUGAUGAUCAAAUUCAGAGGAGAGGAGGGACUGGAUUAUGGUGGAGUAGCGAGGGAAUGGUUAUACCUGCUCUCCCACGAGAUGCUCAACCCUUACUAUGGCCUUUUCCAGUACUCCAGAGAUGACAUCUACACGCUGCAGAUUAACCCUGACUCGGCUGUCAAUCCAGAGCACCUGUCGUACUUCCACUUUGUGGGCCGUAUCAUGGGCAUGGCCGUGUUCCAUGGCCACUACAUUGACGGAGGCUUCACUCUGCCCUUCUACAAACAGCUGCUAGGGAAGCCCAUUACUCUGGAUGAUAUGGAGUCUGUUGACCCCGACCUCCACAACAGCCUCGUCUGGAUUCUGGAUAAUGACACCACUGGUGUGCUGGAUCACACUUUCUGUGUGGAGCACAAUGCCUAUGGGGAAAUCAUCCAAUAUGAACUCAAGCCAAACGGCAAAAGCAUCCCUGUCACAGAAGACACCAAGAAGGAGUAUGUCAGGUUGUAUGUGAACUGGCGCUUCCUGCAUGGUAUUGAGGCUCAGUUUUUGGCCCUGCAGAAAGGCUUCAAUGAAGUUAUCCCUCAACAUCUGCUCAAAUCCUUUGAUGAGAAGGAACUGGAGCUGAUAGUGUGUGGCCUGGGAAAAAUAGACAUCUCAGACUGGAAGUCCAACACCCGCCUGAAGCAUUGCACGCCAGACAGCAACAUAGUCAAGUGGUUUUGGAAAGCUGUGGAGUCGUUUGACGAGGAGAGGCGAGCCCGACUGCUGCAGUUUGUCACCGGCUCAUCCAGAGUCCCGCUGCAGGGCUUCAAGGCAUUACAGGGUGCUGCAGGGCCCAGGCUCUUUACCAUCCAUCAAAUCGAUGCCAACACAAACAAUCUGCCCAAAGCGCAUACAUGCUUUAAUCGGAUUGACAUUCCACCGUAUGAGUCCUAUGACAAGCUGUACGACAAGCUGCUAACUGCAAUUGAGGAAACCUGUGGCUUUGCUGUGGAAUAAGAGCUGUAUUGGAGCGCGCGCGCGUGUGUGUGGGUGAACGUGGGUGACUAUUUUCAGGACAGAUUAGACUGACUAUUACUGUCACAGCGACGUGCUCAUGGGCUCCUUCGGGGCCUGCGCCGUAGACCAGCCUGCAGUCUUCCUUUUCUCUUACCACUAUCUUCCCUGUUUGAACAGCUGCUAGAGUCAACCAUCUUAUUGUUUUGUUUGUGCAUGUUUGUGCGUCGUUACAGUAACAUCCGCUGUUUAAAAGCUGCAGCAUUUUCAGCAGUUCUCUUUUGUAUUAUCAACUGUGAAAAGACCUGUACUACCUGGUCAGCUCACGCUAAAUCUACCCCAAUCAGGAAGCAGAUCAUCAGCAUACAGCUCAGUAUCCUACAAAAGUGUUCUUCUGAUUUAGUUUUUCGAUUUAAAUUAACUUGUCAUGCUACUGAAUCUUGAACGUUGCAGGUAGCCAUAUCUUGCCCUGAGUCCGUACUGAUGCAGAGUUGCUGUACCCCACCUAGUAGGAUUGCCACAGAUUCAUCCUGCUCUAUUGAAAAGGUUUCAUAUUUUAAGUGUUUUUUUAUUCCUAUGUUGCAUCUUUUGGACACAGUAACCUCAUCAGCAGUUAUUUCUCACAUGUACAGUAAGCCCACAGAAUUUGAGUGGUGGUGUUUGAGUCAUCGUUAUUACACGGGGGUAGACUCUGGUCAACAGGAAGGCAUAAUUAUUAUUUUUCUUGAAUCACUGCACAAGGUGGCCAAAGCUCAUGUACAUGCGUUUCUACACGUGUAUGCAAGUGUGUUCUUAUGCAAGAGAGGUCCACAUUUUUAGAGAUCACUUCCUCCUCAGCUUUGACAUAACAGGAUCCUAUAUAUGCUGCUGAAAACGGGUUCUUUCUCAUUGUCUUUAUCUCUUGUUCAUACAUUUGUCUCCAACAGUCACAAAUAAGCACUUCGGUAUGUGAAACUGUCAAAGCAUAUGUGAAAUGGGCAAAACUAUCCCUGGGACCAGGCUUUAUAAGGAGCCUCUCAAGACAGACACUUGUUUGAAAUCACAUCACUUUAAAAAGAUCUUUUUCUUUCUUUCUUCUGUUACUUUAGUGCACUUUACAAACUGAGCAGUGACAGGAUUCUUCUUUGUUCUAUUAAAGUGCAUCAUGUUUUAUUUGCUAUACCGCAUUAGAAGUAUGUACACACCUGCAAUGUUUAAUUAUAUAUGUACAAAUACAUAGCUAUUUUGUAUAUUGUUGCUUGUUCUUUCUGUUCAGUUUAAAUGCAAACAUGUUGGAGUCUGUCAUUCUCAGGUGAGGUUGUGCGUGUUUUGUUUUUAAACAUUUAUUAGGCCGGUAUAUGAGAAGGGGUAAAACUGGUUCAAUAGAAAUGUUUCACAUUCCUUUAGAGGGUGACUUUAAAUCCAUCAUAAGACUUUAAAUCAUACCAGUUUGAAGUGAUGGUUUCAUUUUAGUCAAGCACUUUCACUCUUUAACACACACACACACACACACACACACACACACACACACACACACACACACACACACACACACACACACACACACACACACACACACACACAGACCUUCAAGAUUGAAAGCAAGGGAAUGAAUGCUGUUGGUAGCGCUAUGUCUUCUGAGCUGCAAACAAGGGCAACUAGCUGCUGCCAAACUCCUGAGUGUUUGACAAUGCGAAUGUUGAACCAUAGAAAUGCAACAGUGAGAAGCACCACCUGAGCCUUGUCCUACAAAAACCCUCUUAAUGAUUGAACGGAUGCUCGAGGAAUAAGUAUUACUAUUUGAAUUAGAAUAUCCUGCUAAAUGUUGCUGCGUUCAUCAUGAACCAAACCUCAAAAAGAAAACAGACAAAAUUCAGUACAGUUACAGGGCAAAAGAACUGCAUCACACGUUUUGCACACAUUAUGCAUACUUGGGCUCCAAGUUAUAAUCAAACACUUCCUUCUAUUUACCAAAUAGUUAUGUAUGAAACUGUGUGUGUGUGUGUAUGCAUGUGUGUAUACUGUAUAUGUGUGUAUGCGCACACACUGUCUUCACAUGCACACAUUUUUCAGCACACAAAUUGUUAUUUCUUUCUUAGUGUUGGUAUAAUAUUGUUUUGGUUGGUUUAGUCAAAGUGCAGUUGUGGGUGUUACAAGUGGAAAUCAGACUUUCCCAGUAAAUAGGGCAGAAGGGCCGGAUGGAUAUUUUUUAAAGUUGUACUCAUUGUGACGUGCUCAACAGAUUUUUAUCUAAUUUUAAUGGAUCAAAUUAAUUUACUUGAGGAAAAAGGUUCAGUGUUGUAAUAUUGGAUCAAUUGCUCCCCCAGUUUUAUAUACACAUUUUCAAUUUAUUGUGUGUGUGUAAAUAAUCUUUGAUUGAAUUUAGUACAAAACAGAUUUUUAAAAGAUUUCUUUUUCACUGCACCAUCUUUUAUUACUUUUGAAUCCUUGUUUCUGUAUUUAUUAUUACAAUAAACGUGUUAAUAGUUUUCCACACCAGCUACUCUGAGCUUGUAACUGACACCUGUACAUAUGGACAAUAAAAAAGCAAAGUAAUAAACUUCUUGUAUCCUUGCAGAAAGCUGAGCAAUAAAAUAAUGCUCACAGCAUUAUAUUUUAUAGAA